CAUUGUGGCGGGCAUUUGUUGCAGGCACUUCGUCUCCGCAAGCCAGCCAGGAGGACCUACUGGCUCAAGCCAUUGACCAUGGCAGACAAAGCGUGCUUGCAUCUCAGCAGCUGUGCAAAGCCCAGCGCGAGCAAGUGGAGGCCACACGCAAGCAAACGGCGGUCCUCGAAAAAGGGCUCAAAUCGGUGGCUGACGCAGUCAAGGAGUUGUGCGAGAUUGGACGCCGGCAGGAGGAGCGACUCCGAAGACUGGAGGAAAACCUUUCGCCCCUCGCCACACUAGCAACAAGUACUGUGGUGGUGCUGCCACAGCAGCCCAUGCCAGGGCAACAGCCGCCGCAGCCACCACAGUAACUUUUGUUAUUUCAGUUUUGUUUUUAAUGCUUG